AUGCCUUGCUUCGUUCAGCCCCAUGGUUUGAUCAACGAUAUUGAAGCUGCAAUCCGUCGGUUCUGGUUGGGUUCCGGGGAUGGGAAACCGCUGGCUUGGAUAUCUUGGACCAAGUUAUGUAGACCAAAAGAAGUGGAAGGGAUUGGAUUUCGAGAUCUCAAGGCAUUUAAUCUAGUUCUUCUCGCAAAGCAAGCGUGGCGAAUUCUCACCUAUCCCGACCUCUUGUUAUCGCAAAUACUCAAAGCUCGAUAUUUUCCGUCGGGAGAUAUUUGGACGGCCACACCUGGCUAUCGACCGUCAGCUACGUGCAGGAGCAUACUUGCAGCACGGUCCCAACUUAGAGCAUGUAUACGGAUACACAUUGGGAAUGGAAGUUCUACGGCGAUUUGGGGCGACCCUUGGCUCUUGGGAGAGGGGAAGCCGGUGAUUUUCACCCCAAGACCAGUUUAUUCAAGCUUCCCCAAUUCAGUUUCGGAUAUUGUUGAUCGAAACACAUGA